UGGUCUGUCAAGAAGUUCAUCUCCUCGUUCCAUUCACGGUUCUCUCCGCUCCCAAAAUGGCACUCUUUUUCUCACUUCCAACUACUCUACUGCUGCUGCUGCUGCUUCUGCUUCUUUCUUCGUGCCUAUUGCCUCCUGCUCUGCCCUUUACAGUUAUAAUGUCCGAUUCCUCAACCCUCGUUGAUGGCCCACAGUCCGGGUUCUCCAUGAACAAAUACGGGUUCCGAACAGACAUCCGUGAGCAAGAGGCAGUCUAUGAUAUCAUGAAGGCUACCGGGAAUGAUUGGGCCACCAACAUCCCUGAUGUGUGUCGUGGCCGGUGGCAUGGCAUCGAGUGCAUGCCCGACAAGGAUAAUGUCUACCACGUUGUCUCCCUCUCCUUUGGGGCAUUGUCCGACGACACUGCCUUCCCAACAUGCGACCCGACACAUUCUUAUAUUUCACCAUCCAUAACUAAGCUUCCACACAUUAGGACCCUAUUCUUUUACCGUUGUUUCAGUUACAACCCUCAGCCUAUUCCAGCAUUUUUAGGUCAAUUGGGUCCAACACUACAAACUUUGGUGCUUAGAGAAAAUGGCCAUGUGGGCUCCAUCCCUAGUGAACUAGGCAAUCUUACCCGUUUAAGGGUCCUUGAUCUUCACAGAAACAAUCUCAAUCAUACGAUUCCUAUCUCACUAGGUCUGAUAGCCGGUCUAAGGUCAUUAGAUCUAAGUGGGAACAAACUAACCGGUUCAAUUCCCGGUUUAAGCUUCCCAUCUUUGAAUAUUUUGGACCUUAGCCAAAAUCUUUUGAUGGGUUCAAUCCCACCUGCUGUUGGAACUUGUCAUUCCUUAAUCAAAAUGGAUUUUAGUCGUAAUCGUCUCAGCGGCCCAAUCCCCGACUCAAUUGAUGGCUUAAAGGAUCUUAUGCUUAUGGAUUUGAGUUAUAAUCGUCUCUCGGGCCCACUUCCCAUAUCGCUUAGAAGCUUAAUCUCUCUCCAAGCAUUGAUUAUCAAAGGAAAUCCAAUGGGGUCUGAUGCAAUUCCCAGUGAUGGAUUCGAUGGCAUGAAAGGCUUAAUGAUCUUAAUAUUAUCGAAUAUGAACCUACACGGUUCAAUCCCAGAAUCACUAGGCCGAUUGACAAACCUUCGUGUCCUUCAUCUUGAUGGGAAUCAAUUCAACGGUUCAAUUCCCGUUAACUUCAAGUACCUGAAGAAUCUUAGCGAGUUAAGACUGAACGACAACCGGCUUAUCGGGUCGGUUCCUUUUGGGAGAGAAAUGGUAUGGAGGAUGAAAAGGAAAUUAAGGCUUUUCAACAAUCCCGGACUGUGCUACAAAGCUGGGAGUGGCUUGGAUGAAGAUUCAGAUUCGGGCAUUGGUGUGUGUGACGUGCCAAGGCCAGAGACAGGAAGAUCUGUACAGCAUCUUUCAACACUUGAAAGAUACGUACCAAGAACAUUCAAUGUCUCAUCCGAUGCAGUAUUUAAAAUUUCAGUUCCCGUUGGCUUGAUUCAGCUGGCUACAUUGCUGCUGUGUACUUUCACUUUAAUGUAAGUCUUUUAAGAUAGGUAGGAAGAAAGAAAGAAAAGCAAUGUAAUAUACAGUGUAGUUGCCCCCCCC